AAUUAAAAAUGUUAUCUACAUAUUAAUGUCUGAUUCCGUCAGUUGCAUUGGCACUUACAGAACGAAUACAUAUAACAAACUUUAAUCAUUUGAUAUUUUAUAAAUGUGAAAAUACUCAAACAUGAAAUAUUAACAAUACUUUAGAUGUUUUUAUUAAUUACAGAAGAUUCAUACUGAAGUGAACAUUCCUACACUCUUCAAUACAAUUUCAGUGUACUAAUUAUCUUGUUAGUAACUAUUCCACAAGUACAUAUUUAUCUACACCCCUAUAGUAUUCACAUCAGAAAUUUUCUAUUUAUGGUUCAAAAUAUUUUUUUUUUUUUAGAUUGGUUUUAAUGGACUGUUAUAUCUCAAUUUGAUUGGGAAAUGCUUCUGUUCAGAGGUAGAAAAAUUUGACUAUAUACUCCUUGCAAAUGCUAUGUACUCAACCACUGUGGAAAUACUUAUCCAACAAAACUGAAUUGUCAAAUCACAUUGGCAGACUAGAUCAUGAUUCAAAUUAAACUUUGUGCUGAGUUAUGAAAGUUUUACUUUGCAAGUAACACAGUUGGCGAGCGAAAAAGAUUAUCUGCACAAAUAUUGAUCCUUCUCCCAACAGUGAUAUGUAAUUUCAAUAGCAAACUUGGUAAAGGCUCUAAUUUUUUCUCUUUAUAAUUGUGUAGUUCAAUGAGCUAAGAUACCACUUGUGUCAGGUCACAGUUUCAAUUAUAACAAAGAAGAUGACAAAUUUGUACAGAAAUAUCUACUACUAAGUGUGUUUUAUUAUAAGCAAGCCCUUUUAUAUCUGUUCCAUCUAAUCAUUUACAUUCCAGAAACUUAUCUUGCUAUGACAUUUGAAGAAGCAAAAUUAAAGAUAAUGCAGAGUCUAAAUCCGGCUUAAGGCUAGUGGAUGGAUUUCCAUUAAUAUUUCUUGUUCUAUAUUUUGCUUCCCUCUUUUUGUGACAUGUAUGAUGAGUGAUGUAAAUAAAUCUCUGUAUCAAAUGCAAGCUGAAAUAAUUCACGUUGGUUGGUCAGUGAUGCAACUAGCAGAUGGAUACACAAAAUGAAAAUUUUCAGAUUUAUUGAAAGCAAUUUGUUUCUUAUGUUACAUAUACUGUUUCUCUAUAGGAAUUGCUACUCAUGACAAAAAAUGUGUGACCGACGACCAGAAAAGCCUGUUGACCACGUAACAGUCGCAGACUGGGAUGCUCGCAUUCAGGAGCUGCGAGAGACAGCACGCAGGAGGAGGAAGGAGGCUCACGACUUGCGACAAGAGAGUAUCCAGCUGCGUGCUGACACGGCUGUCACAACACACUGGAGCCUGCUGCAAAGUUCACAAUCUCUGCAAGACAGAUGUACCGAAGUUCGCCGAGUGGAACACCUGCUGGAAUUGAAGAGGGCAGCAACAGUCUGUGAGAUGGAACGCCUAGAGGAGGAGAAAGCCAUGUGCCAGCGGCAGCUAGAGCUGCUGUCUGUGCCGAGGGCUGUGACUGUCGAGUGCCAACUGGCUAUCGACCAGAGACUGGACACUGACCUUCUUAGAGACCCUGUGCAUCUGCAGCUGCAGAAGGUACCUCCUCAGUGGCCUCCUAGUGAGAUCUCAUUGCUUUUACAAAGUGUACUUCUCCAUUUUGUUUCAGAACACUGUUUUUUUCCUGUAUGUGUUCCCAGUCACACAUCACAGAGGGAAUGUGAUGGCACUGUAAGUGUUCUGGAACCAGUCAUAUGUAUAAUAAAAGGUCAUUGGUCAAGCAACUGUUGUGUGGCUUCUUCAUUUCACAAAAUAGACUUAUACAGUUGUGGCUUCCCCAUUAGAAGUUUUCCGCUUGUGAAAUAUGAUGUAAUUGUCAGUUCAGAAGACUCACAAACUCAGGAAUUCUCUGCAUCACAUGUCGACCACGAUGGAACCACGCCUUAUCUGACCAAAACCAAUGAUGACAUUAUAUAUGACAUGAACCCUGCACUGACAGAGAGUUGGGUUGUACCAACUGAGACACCAGACUUGGUAGAUAAGCACUGCAUGGACUUCAUGGGGCUCAAAGAAUAUGCUUAUGUUAGUUCCAUCUGCAGUAUUUCACUUCUUUCAGGUCUUGCAGUACUUGCUUGCUGCAAACUUGCCAUAUUUUUCUGUAAAGUCAUUCCAAGUCUCAGUACAACUGAAACAUCAAAGGAGCUGGGACUGAUAGAACAGAAGAAGAAUGACCUGGAAGCAGAGUGCAAGGCAGCCUGGGAGCAGCUGCAGAGACUCGGGGAGUGCCUCAACCAGCUGUCUAGAGACCUGCAGAACAAGGGUGAGGCAAUCGCGGUGGAUGAGAGUGCACUUGGUCUAAAACCCUCCAGUAGUGGCAUUGGGUUCAGGCAGGACCCAACGAGACAUCCCAAAGAAUGUAUCCCAUAUGAGACAUGGCAACAAGUUUCCGAAUCUAAUAUGAACAGAGCCGAAGAAGAAAUCCAAAAGUCUCGAAGUCAACGCUUGAACAUGUUUUCACUGCGAGCCGAUGUCACUAAUUCACUGCAUGCCCAACAUUCUGAUACAGAGCAUGCUCUCAGCAGACGCAUAUAUGAAGUCCAGCGAGCCCACGAUGAACUUCAGUGGCAGAAGGAGGAGACUGAAAAUGAAAUGGGUGUUAUAAAUCGUGAAAUUUCGCUUUUGGAAGAAGCUCUAGCUGAUAAAACAGGUCCAUCAAAGUUGGCAGAGUCACGUCUCGAGAUACGUCUGUGGCGACCACGUGCAGAACUUUUGUAUGAUGAUGCCCAACAGACAAUAAAAAAUGAACUACUCCAGCUCCAGCUGUCUCGACAAAAGCUCACACAGCAGAUUGCUGAUGCAAAAGCAACAUACAAUGCUCUGCAGCAGCACAGUGUACGGCUGGCCGCAGAUAUCGACUGCAAGAACCAAGCUCUGACUUUACUGAACCGCUGUUGUGACAUACGGUCUGCAUUGCACCCUGAUGAGAGGUAGAUUCAUCCUGCUGCCUCCCACCUUGUGCUUAAGAAUUAUUCUUACAGUAACAUACAUACAACUUGUUCUUUGGUCUCGUCAUCUUAUUCAUCAAAGAAGAUUCCGUAACCAACUGAGAUGUUAAUUUUCAUUUGUAUACAAUAUUGAUACUUUUUAGUAAUAAAAGCAUGUUGUUUACAGCUUACUUAUGUUUCAGUAAUUUUGGUACAGCAUUUUUAUAGAACUGUUGAUGA